GAUGUUAUCUCAAAUCGCAUAUAAAUCGAUAAUGAACAUUAACAUAUUAGCGAUUCGGGAACAAAUUAUAUGAAAAGAUACAGGAAAUGAGAAAAAAAGACUAUGGUUUAAAAAAAGUUGUAUUCAGUCCAGGUGCACUGGAAUAAUUGCGCUUCCUACUUCCCCUCUACAAUUAACACGAUACAAUGGACUAGCUCAAUGACUGAAGGUUGACCUGACCGGAUUUAUAUGUAAACAAGUUCAGCAUCAUGGCCACGUUGUUGAGCAGGGAUGUGCAAGAUAUAGAGAACAUUUUAGCUUUAAACCCUAAAAUUCAUCAAAAUGCCAACCUGGUACCAAGUGCUUCCACCCAGAAGAACAAACAACACUGGAAAAGGAACCAGCAGAAAGGCUGUAAUAGUUGUGAAACAACUUUGGAGAAGAACUUUGAAGAUAUAAAACAUACAACAUUGAGUGAAAGAGGUGCAUUAAAAGAAGCAUCCAGAUGUUUGAAAUGUGCUGAUGCACCAUGUCAGAAGAGUUGCCCAACUCAGCUUGAUGUCAAAUCUUUCAUAACCAGUAUUUCUAACAAGAAUUAUUAUGGAUCUGCUAAAUAUAUAUUUUCUGACAACCCUCUUGGAUUGACCUGUGGUAUGGUAUGUCCUACAUCUGACCUUUGUGUAGGAGGAUGUAACUUAUAUGCCUCAGAGGAAGGUCCCAUUAAUAUUGGGGGACUUCAACAGUUUGCUACAGAGGUGUUCAAGCAAAUGAAGAUACCUCAGAUAAGAGAUCCCUCACUACCUCCUGUUGACCAGCUUCCUGAGAGUUAUCAGGCUAAGAUAGCUUUGAUUGGUUGUGGACCAGCCAGUAUUAGCUGUGCUACCUUCUUAGCCAGGCUUGGAUACACCAACGUGACUAUUUUUGAGAAACAAGAAUAUAUUGGAGGACUUAGCUCUUCAGAAAUUCCACAAUACAGAUUACCAUAUAGUGUGGUUGACUUUGAAGUCCAAUUGAUGAAAGAUUUGGGAGUUAAGAUUGUGAAUGGUAAAUCAUUGGACACAAAUGAUAUGACCAUACAGAAGUUAAAAAAUGAUGGUUAUGAGGCUGUGUUCCUUGGCAUAGGUUUACCUGAUCCUAAGAAGAUACCCAUAUUUGAAAACCUAACGGAGGAUAUGGGAUUCUACACAUCAAAAGAUUAUCUACCAAAAGUGACAUCAAGUAGCAAAGCAGGUAUGUGUGCUUGUAAGUCCCAGCUUCCUCAGAUGUAUGGUAAAGUAAUAGUUCUAGGAGCAGGAGAUACAGCCUUUGACUGUGCUACCUCAGCCUUAAGAUGUGGAGCUAAGAGGGUGUAUGUUGUCUUCAGGAAAGGAUUUACUAAUAUCAGGGCUGUUCCUGAAGAGAUGGAACUUGCCAGGGAAGAGAAGUGUGAAUUCUUGCCAUUCAUGUCCCCCAGGAAGGUGAUGUCUAAGAAUGGUAAAGUAUCAGGUAUGGAGUUUGUAAGAACAGAACUAGAUGAUGAUGGUAACUGGAUAGAAGAUGAAGAGGAGAUUAUCAGGAUUAAGGCGGAUUAUAUCAUAUCUGCAUUUGGAUCAGGAUUAACUGAUUCUAAAGUUGUUGAAGCUAUGAAACCAGUGAAGUUAAACAGAUGGGGCUUACCUGAAGUGAACAAUGAGACAAUGCAGUGCAGCGAACCAUGGAUAUUCUGUGGAGGAGAUAUAGCAGGUGUGGCACAGACAACUGUAGAAUCUGUUAAUGAUGGAAAAACAGCAUCAUGGUAUAUCCACAAAUACUUACAGUCACUUCAUGGAAUACCUAUACCAUCCACACCAAGCCUACCAACAUUCUUCACUCCUAUAGACCUUGUAGACAUCAGUGUAGAAAUGUGUGGAUUGAAAUUCCCUAAUCCAUUUGGACUAGCCAGUGCUCCACCAACUACCAGCAGUCCUAUGAUUCGUAGGGCCUUUGAAGCUGGUUGGGGAUUUGCUUUGACUAAGACCUACUCUUUAGACAAAGACAUAGUGACUAAUGUAUCCCCCCGUAUUGUUAGGGGUACUACAUCAGGACAGUUGUUUGGACCCGGUCAGGGCGCCUUCCUAAAUAUAGAAUUGAUUAGUGAGAAGACUGCAGCAUACUGGUGUAACAGUGUUACAGAACUGAAGAGGGAUUUCCCAGAAAAGAUCUUGAUAGCUAGUAUAAUGUGCAGCUACAGUAAAGAGGACUGGACAGAACUAGCAAAAAUGUCAGAGAAAGCUGGUGCUGAUGCUUUGGAGUUGAAUUUGUCAUGUCCACAUGGUAUGGGAGAGAGAGGAAUGGGACUGGCUUGUGGACAGGAUCCAGAGUUAGUUCGAAAUAUAUGUAGAUGGGUUAGGGAAGCUGUGAAGAUUCCAUUCUUUGCAAAGUUGACACCAAAUGUUACCAAAAUUACUGAUAUUGCAAAGGCUGCUCAUGAAGGUAAUGCUGAUGGAGUAACUGCUACUAACACUGUAUCUGGUUUAAUGGGUCUGAAGGGUAAUGGAGCAGCCUGGCCAAGUAUUGGUAAAGAGAAGAGAACAACUUAUGGUGGUGUCUCUGGUAAUGCUAUCAGACCUAUAGCUCUCCGUGCUGUGACUGCUGUGGCCAAUGCUAUCCCAGGAUUCCCUAUUCUAGCCACAGGAGGUAUUGACUCUGCUGAGGCUGGGUUACAGUUUCUACAAGGAGGUGCAUCAGUGUUACAGGUGUGUAGUGCUAUUCAGAAUCAGGACUUCACCCUGAUAGAUGACUACAUUACUGGACUGAAGACACUACUCUAUCUGAAGAGUAUUGAUGAGUUACAUGACUGGGAUGGACAGAGUCCUCCAACCAUUAAACAUCAACUAGGAAAACCUGUACCUAAAUUAGCAGAUAUUCUAGGAAAGAGUUUACCAUCCUUCGGACCAUAUAAGAAGAAGAAGCAAGAGGUUAUAGCAGACCAUUUUAAGAAAUCUGAUCUUUUGAGUGAAGAGAACAAACCUGAAAUAUUACGUCCAGCACUGGCACCUAAGAAACCAGUUCUUGCUAUUAACGAUAUAAUAGGGAAGGCCUUACCAAUGAUUGGGACUUAUGGUCAGUUGGACAACACACAACAGGUUGUAGCCUUGAUUGAUGAGGAGAUGUGCAUUAACUGUGGCAAAUGUUACAUGACCUGUAAUGAUUCAGGGUACCAGUCUAUCAAGUUUGAUCCAGAAACACAUCUCCCAACUGUUACUGAAGAUUGUACAGGAUGUACAUUGUGUUUAUCUGUCUGUCCAAUCAUCGACUGUAUCACCAUGGUCAAGAGGACAACACCCUACCUACCCAAGAGAGGGAUCCCCAUGCAGACAGGCUUCAAUCCAAUGCCAGCAGUUUUGUUGGAAACCAACUAGACUAAGUUUUAUUAGUUUAUAAUGUCCAGUAAUAAAUGCAUUAUGGUUGACAAUGGGUAGAGGGGAUUGUUUGUAUAUAUAAGUUAUAAGGAAGGAAUUGCCUUGACAUCAUAGAAUAUUUUUUUUAUAUGUAAUUUUUUCUAAACUUAUUUUCUAUUUCUUUACCAAUGCAGAUACUUUGCUCAUUUUCUAUGAAUUAUCAUGUUAAUAUGUUUAUUCAAAGAAACUAUGCAAUGAUUAAUUCAUUUAUGUCGAUAGGACAAGAAUUUAUAAACAGAUUUCUUCUUAUUCUCUUCAAAAACUGUUGGAGACUUGUUCUACCUUUAUCCAUAUACUUUUUAGUGUGGUUCAUUUUCAUAUCAACAGCUGGUCAUUUCUUUGCAUACAUUAUAGAUCAUUUUUUUUUAUGAUUCACUACUUCAAAAUAUGUUGGAUUAUGGGCUAUUUUAUUUAUUGCACCAAAAUAUUUGGAUAGUGUACCAUCAUUGGUUAAAUUCAACUGUUACAGACGUUGUAAGUCAAUCGGAAAAAUGUUUUGUAUGCUUUGAAAAUAUUGUCCGGGAAAUGAUAUUUUUUUCAAAUUUGUACUACACAAAACAGAAUUAUAACUUUUCUAGUCACAAUAGGAUAUUCUAUGUCAACAGAAUUUCAGGGAGAAUAUCUAAAUUGAUUCACAUUUAUACAAUUGUUAUACAUUUUAUACUUUUAGUUUUUUCAUUGUUUUUUUAUUUGUUAGGACUGUUUUAAAUCAUUUAGAAGAGACACAUGACAAAGGUGCUAACUUAUAUAUGAGUCUGUAUGCAUCUGAAGGUGCUAAGUAUUAUAGUUAAAGCUAGAAAUAGUAGCAUUGUUGAUACUUGAUUUACGUUACCAGCAUUCUAUUCUGCUUGAUCAUUAAAGUACCAGUGCUUGCUAAAGCCUUGCUAUUGUUGACAUUAAUUAAAACAGUUUUAAUGUUGUAAUACCAAUAUUGCUAAUUUUACCCUUAUUUCGGGAUUGCACCAGUUUCAUUCAGUAUGCUUUCUUCAACAGAACAAUGUUUUUCCCCCAGUCAAAUAUAUAUUUGACUCCAGGAUAGCUUAUUUACCAUUGUGUUAAAAUGAUUAAAUUUUUGCAUUUUAUAAUGAAAUAUGUUUUAUACAUUAAAUUUAUAUUGUAAUGGAAAAAAUAUUGUAUUUUAAGAUCAUGUUUAUUUCUAUUCAAAUAAGGUCUGCAUCAUGUUUUUUAUGAUUUACAAGUUGUUCAGGUAACACUGUACUGACAAUGAGUAAUACUUUUAUUUAUUAGAGAUACAAGUAUAAAUAAUGGUGCUUUUGUACUAAUAGUUCUAUUAUGCUCAAAAAUUUUAAUUUCUGGUGGCAAAUGAUAAACAAUAUUAGUCAUCGUUCACCUGCAUUUGCUACCACUACUACCUUUUUGUAUUGUCAGAGAUAAAUUUUGAUUAACAAAUACUUAUUACAGUAUAAUUCCAGCCAACUUAUAGCAUGAAACUCAAAAUAUCCAGGAAUUUUGCAUAAUAUUAUCAAGUUCAGCUGAUACUUUAUUUUGGCUUUGUUUAUAUAUAUAUAUAUAUAUGUGCAAUAAAAACAUUUACAGGUAAUAUAUUUAGCUAGGUAAAGAAAACAGAUAAUAUUGAAUCAAUUGCAAGCUGAUUCAGGAAAUUCUCAGGGCCUGGUUGCUCAACUUGUUGUUAAGUCUUCAGCUGCUGUUAAAACAUGCCAACGCAUUGUUAAUAUUUAUUGCAUGACCAAACCUUUUGCUCAUCUCUAUUUUAAAGAUAAAUGCAUAUCAAACAUUUUGGUUGGUCCAUUACUUUUUUUAAUGAUAUUUGUGUUAAAUACACAUAAAUUUUGUAUCUGACAGAAAUUAAUGAGUUACCUGGUAAGCUCAUUUUGUUUAUACAAAUUAUAUUAACAUUUGAAAGAAGAGAUUCAGUUUUAGUAGUUUACUAAGAUUUGAUUAUGGUUAGUAUGUAGUAAAAUAUAUAGGUACUUAAAGGAAUGUCACUUAAGACAAGCACAUGUUGGAACUGAAAGGUAUGUCACUUAGGACAGGUCCACAGGUUCUUAAUGGUAUGUCACUUAUGAGGGGGGAUAGGACCUUUAUCGGGACUCCGGGAUCGAUUGUUUUUAAGCUCGGGAUUUCGGGAUUGACCCUUUCGGGAUCCGGUAAUUCUUUAUUUCGGAUUUCGGGACACCGGGAUUUCCUUAAUCUAAAUUCGGGACCUCGGGAUUUCGUGUUUUUAAUGCCGGGAUUUCGGGAUCAGGACCCCUCCUAUCCCCCCUCACUUAUAACAAGCACAUGUGGAUACUUAGCAAAAUGCUACUUAUGAUCAUAUAGAUCAUUAUGAUGAAUGUAAACUCUUUACAGGUAACAAUCAUAUUUAUUGUUAUUGUCACAAUAUUUGCUCAGUAUUUCAAUGAUUCUAAUAACUUUAGUUAUAUAACAGCUCCUGUAUGAUGAGAUCAUUUUUUUGUGACCUAUAUUAUUGAUAAGGACUAAAUAGUUUAUUAUUUCAUCUUGUAAUGGUUCUCUUAAAAGAUCACUAUUAUUAUAUUAGGAAUUAUUUGUUAGGUUUAUAUAUCUUUAUUUAGUCACAUUUUGUUUUGUUUUAUAUAUUACCAGUCACAUUACAUAUACACUUAUUGUCUAUUGUAUAACUGAUAUAUUGCAUGAAUUAUAUACAAUAAAGAUUAUGCACUUU